CAGCUGUAGGCGAAUCGGUACCUGCUGAACUGUAACUCUAUCCGUGCAGCAUGGCCGAGGCUUUGCCCCCGCUACCGGCGCAGUUCAGAUCUCUGCAGCAUCACUUGAGGACCGCCCAGGAGCAUGAGAAGAGGGACCCAGUUGUGUCUUAUUACUGUCGUUUGUAUUCCAUGCAAACUGGCAUGAAGAUCGAUAGCAAAAGUCCAGAGUGUCGCAAAUUCCUCUCUAAACUCAUGGAUCAGUUGGAAGCUUUGAAAAAGCAGCUGGGAGAUUGUGAGUCUAUAACUCAGGAAAUAGUUGGCAGUGCUCAUGUGGAGAACUAUGCUCUGAAAAUGUUCCUGUAUGCAGAUAAUGAGGACAGAGCAGGGAGAUUCAAUAAAAAUAUGGUAAAAUCUUUCUAUACAGCUAGUCUUCUUCUUGAUACACUGGCAGUAUUUGGAGAGCUCACCGAAGAGAAUGUUCAGCACAGGAAAUAUGCUAGAUGGAAGGCAACCUACAUCCACAACUGUCUUAAAAAUGGGGAAACUCCUCAAGCAGGACCUAUAGGAAUGGAAGGAGAAGAGUAUGAUGAAGAAAACGAAGGGGAAGGCUCAUCAUCUUUCAGCAACCGAGAAUCACCAUCAGCAUACCAACCUCCAAACAUACCAACACCAAAUUACACUGGAAUACAGAUCCCUCCUGGUGCCCAUGCUCCUGCCAACACUCCUGCAGAAGUUCCACAUAGCACAGGUGUAGCAAGUAAUGCUAUUGCUCAUCCGUCUCCGCAAAACAUACCUGCAGUAGAUCCAUCUCUUUAUAAUGCAAAAACACAAGGUGAUGCCCGCUUGACCCCUGAAGACUUUGCUAGGGCCCAGAAAUUCUGCAAGUAUGCCGGUAGUGCUUUACAGUAUGAAGAUGUGAAUACUGCUGUGCAAAAUCUUCAAAAGGCCUUAAAGCUGCUCACAACAGGCAGAGAAUAAAGUGUGAUUAUAUACAAGCACCAACUGGGUUCCUUAAGAUCUCUCUCCCAAUGUAUGGAAAUUCUUUGUUACCCACUUAGUCACAUAUUAGUGCUACCUUAAAUAAUGCUUAGCCUCUGAACACAAAAUUGGAACAGAAAAGACGUUUCAAUGACUUUGAUAUGUUUACAUGUGAAAAAUAAACACAUUUUACUGUA